AUGAUGCGGCGUUUAGCGCGGCAGAACCUCGCUAUGGCCCUUAUCUUCAUGUUGGCCGUUCGGGAUGUUUCUGCAGCAAGAGAUGGAUUCAAUGCGGCUGAGAUGGUCUCUUUGUCUGCCAAAGCGAUGGAGCAGAGCAGCAAGUUUCAUGAGAACUUGGCUGAUGUUGCUGCUGGCGGAUCUUUCUCACUGCAAACGAUGUGGGCGAAAGGGAAGGAAAAUCCGCUGCUGGGCGACCUCACAUGGACCAAUGCCACCAUCACCUUCAGCUAUGCCAGUGGUGGUGCAGGGGAGCCAGAAAAGUACGUGGUGAUCACUGGCAUGGACAGGAAGUACCGUAUCCUGCCAGAUGCUGUUGUGAUGACGAAGGAGCUGAAGACUAUGGCCGUUGUGGGCAUCUCGGGGUGGCAGGGUUUGGAAGGUAGCUCGUGGGGAUCCAUCCACUAUGACAAGGACGACAUCCUUUGGAUCCGCACAGAGAUGAACCCUGUCAUCGGCGUCACCACUAGCAGCACGAUUCCUUGGCGCUAUGCCGGUUACCCUGUGUACCAGAAGGGCUCUGCGACACCUUACUACUUCUACAAGGGAGUUCAGGAAACGAUUGAUAUCAAAGAGGUAAACAUGGCAUCGGAGCGGACACCUUCCGAAGUUCAUGUGGAAGUCCCAGGGCAUAGUACAAAGCCACUAAACUCUCCAGAUCGCCAAGUCAUGGCACUGGUGGAUGCCAUGCUGGGCCAGAGCUCUUGCCUGAACAGUCCGAGCCAGUGUGCCUACCGCUGCUUCUACAACUCCGACGACGACAAGUGUGGGCCAGUGGCAUUUUGUACGGAAGUUGCGAAAGGUGAGAGGCCCAGUCCCUUGGCUCCGUUUGGCGACCAGCAGAAAUGCAAAGCAGUUGGUGGCAGCAGCCAUGAGGCGGCCGAUGAGACCAUCGCGAAAGAAGCCAUCCCUGCAUUGAAAUCGAUGGCACUGGACGUUGUCAAGAAGCUGGAGGACAUGCCAGCAGUAUCCAAGUCAAGCGCUGGCAGAUCCAGUAUGAAGAAAACUGCCGCACUUUGGGAAGAAGCCGCCGACUUGCUUCAAGUCUUGGAGACGCUGCCCUCGAGGACAGAUCCCGAAGUUGGGAAGUUCACAGCGGCGCACAGCCGAGUGAGCCAAAUGGACAUGAAGCAUUGGCGCCAUCGCAAGGACCGCUUAACGACUGAGCAGUACAACGCCGCAGCGAAGAAGUCUGUCACAGAACUGCAAGAUUCCACUCAGUUCUCCGUGCCUGCAAAGUUGCACUCUGAGCUCGUAGACUUCAUGCUGAAGCGCCCGGCAAUCGUUAUUGAGACGGUCAAGCUGGAGUCCAAAGACAAGUGUUUGCUCAAGGACGAGUCAGAUGCUGAGAAGCGCCAGUUGAUGCUCUUUGUGAAGUAUUUCAUGAAGGUGCCAGGUUACAACGCCGGGGAUCUUGCUGGCCACACGCUUUCAUUGCCGACACACUGCCAAGACUAUCUGAAGAACUUGGGGAAAACGUCCAUCGCAGCGGUGCUGAGCUCUUGGGUCGUCAAACUUAUGCUUGGGGUUUGGCCUGAAUCCCACAAUUAA